AUGCGCAUCAUCAGACGCCAAGCUGGGACAAUUCUUUCCCUUCCAGUCCCCAAUAUGAAGAAUAGAAAACCACAGGGGACAAACUUCCAUGAUUCAUUCCUUUUCAACUGGUUCCUUGAGACUAUAACUGGUAUACGCGAUGUGGCAAUUCCGUGCAAAAAGAUGAGGGAAACUAUGAUUAUGGGUAAGAUGAAAGAUUCCAAAUGGAUUCGUCAUUCUGUAGCUCUAGCUUUCUUUUUGUCAAUGCUUUCUGGAUUCUAUUGUAAAUUUCUAAUGAUGGAUUCCUUUUAUGGAUUUCAGAUGUGUCUUUAUAAACUAGCUUUAUCAGUCGGCAAUCAAGCCUUCUCGAGGCUCUUGCUAAAAAGUGGCUGCUCCGGUGGUCUGACCUUGGCCAUUGGAUUCGUUGUAAGAAUGGCCUUCCUCCCUAUCGAAGGCACUUUCUAA